AUGGGCGAGUUGCCAUUCCAUGAUCCAGAAGGCGAUGUGCACGCCGUCGUCAACGGCGAGCUAUAUGGCUAUAACGAGGUCCGAGAACAGCUCAGUGCAAAGGGCUACAAGUUUCGCAGCAAGUGCGAUUCGGAAAUUGCCAUAUUCUUGUAUAAAGAGUACGGGGUUUCAUUUCUCUCGCAUCUCCGUGGAGAGUUCUCGCUCUGUCUCUAUGACUCCAAAGCACAGAUUUUCUUCGCAGCGUGCGAUCGGUAUGCGAUCAAACCACUGUACUACACAGUUCAUGAAGGCAAUCUGCUCGCGUUUCUUCCCUUCGGAUGGCAAGCAGAAUGGGAUGUGCAAAGCAUCAAAGAUGUUGGCUGGCUGUGCGAUCGAAGAACACUGUUCAAGGACGUGAAGUCCAUCAAUCCUGGCCACUACCUUAUCUUGACCUCUUUCAGUACAGUUUCUCAGCACAAGUACUGGGAUCUUGACUUUAAAGACAAGGUAAAGCGGCCGCCUCUUUACCACCGCGAAGUGGAAACACGCACGGAGGACGAGAUGAUUCAAGGUGUACGCGACCGACUCUUUGAGGCAAUCCGAGAUCGACUACGCGCGGACGUACCGAUCGGUGUCUUUCUCAGCGGUGGCAUCGAUUCCAGUGCGAUAGCCGGCAUGGUAACGCACCUCAUGAAAACCGAAGGCACGUCGCUAGGCACAGCACCAGCAUCUGAAGCCAUCAACUGUUUCAGCGUCAAGUUCAUCGGCGAAGAACAUGACGAAGAGCCCAUCGCGCGCAGAACUGCAAAGUGGCUAGGCGUCAAGAUGCACCAUGUCGAAAUGACUGAGGAAAGGUUCGCCGCCAACAUUGAAGACGCAGUGUGGCACAACGAAACCGCGGUCAAAGAUCUCGGCACUGUCGGAAAAUUCAUGCUGUCCAGACUCACCCGCGACGCCGGUAUCAAAGUCGUUCUCACAGGCGAAGGGUCUGAUGAACACUUUGGUGGCUACCGCGAACUCGUGAAGGACUUCGUUCGCGAGCCAGAUCCUUCAUGGCCAUCAUCCACCCUCUCCGAAGCUGACCGCCUGCGCGCCAUCGCAGACUUGGAAACAGCUACAUCAUCCCAUCCCAACGAGCCCAACACUGCAGCUUCAGUUCGCCGUCAAGUCAACAACACCUCCUUCCUCGGCUUCACGCAAUACUUCGCGCUGGACGAACCCCUCCUCAGCCCCUGGACAUCUACUGAAUUCGGCACGAGCGACAAGCGCCUCACCGCCGUCCACGCCCUCGACGGCCUCACGCGCGACUGCAUGAAUCUCAAAUGGCACCCGUUGCACACAUCGCUGUACAUAUGGACCAAAUGCGCGCUUGCAAAAGGCCUACUAACCGUCCUCGGUGACCGCUGCGAAAUGGCACAUAGCGUUGAGGGCCGCCAGCCUUUCCUCGACCAUCGACUGACCGAGUACGCCAUGUCUCUACCUCCUUCUAUGAAAAUCCGCUUCGAUCCCAUAACCGGCUCGUUCAGCGAGAAGUGGAUCCUGAAAGAAGCUGUGAAGCCAUACAUCACCCAGGAAUUGUAUGAGAGGAAGAAACACCCGUUUUCGGCGCCGGUAAGGUAUAAGGAAGGGGGCGCGGUGUAUGAGCUUUUUGAACGGCUAAUUACAAAGGAGAAUGUUGAGGAGUUGGGGUGGUUGGAGUGGGGGAGGUGUGAGGGGUUGGUGGAGAGGGCGAUUAUGGAGGGGGAUAGGAGUGCGUUUGGGCAGAUGAUUCUUGUGGGACAGUUUGUUAUUUUGGGGAAGAGGUUUGGGGUUAAGAAGGCGGUCCCGGAUUGGGCUGGGGUGGGGAAUGAGUAG